UAACUAACAGAGUAAAUUAAUAACUCCAAUAAUAAACAUCUGCAGUAAGAAUAUUUUACAAAAGAACAAAAAACAAAAAAGAAAAUGUUCAGGUAAUACGUAGAUAAGUUUUGCUCUUUGUAGAUUUUGUAGUUGCAUGUUUUUCAGGACUUGCUUUCGAAAGUACAAAUGAAAAUCAGCAAACGAUUUUCAACGACUUAUCGUAUGUUAAAACGAAAACGCUAGAAUUUAUAGAUAACGAAACUAAAUUCGAGCCCCCUUUGAAUGCUGAAAGUGCAACAGAAAAGACAGAAAAGAAAAAACACAAAAAAGGAUUACUUGGAACCCUAAAACUGAUUGUGGGAAAAUCCUCCGAUUCAGAAUCAGAACCAGAAAGUAUAGCCAAAACGAAAGUGGAAAAGAAAAAAAUUAAGGAAGGUAGAUACAAUAAAAAAUAUGCCCAUGGUAAAAAGCCCAGAAUGCCAACGCCACCCCCUGAACUCUCUGCCGAAGAAGUAACUUCCAAUGACGAAAACGAUUUGUCUAAGGCUGAAAAACCAAGCGAAAAAACCAAAGAAAAAGAGAUUUUAACCAAAACAGCCCAACCACUAGUAGAACAACAAACCCACGGUAAAAGUAAAGAUUACGACAAAAUUAAAGAAUCUGAAGAGCGAAAACCCAUUUUCUUUAAUCUGUUCGGUAAAAAGGAGAAAAAAGAGUCCUUGCAUACUGACCAAAUCUAUUCAAACGAAUUUAAGGAAUUACUACAACAAACGAAGACCUUCGUUGAUAAUGAACUAAGCAAUUACGAAUGUGGACGGCCGAAACAAUCUCUUCAAAGUGAAAAAGAUAAAGCAAUAAUAUCAACUGUUAAAGAACAUGAAGAACGAGAAAGUAAAGACUACGAAAAAACGAAAGAAUCUGAAGAGCGAAAAACCAGCUUCUUUAAUUUGUUCAGUAAGAAAGAAAAGAAAGAUUCUUUGCACAGUGUCGAACCAUAUUCCAAAGAAUUUAAAGAACUACUUGAAAAAACGAAGAACUUCGUUGAUAACGAACUGAACAAUUACGAAUGUGAGAAAUCAAGAGGAUUCGAAUCUUUAAAACAUGAAAUCACUCAAUCCAGUAAGGAAACUGAAGAACGUAAAGUCAGUUUCUUCAAUUUAUUUAGUAAAAAAGAAAAACGUGAAAUAUUGCACGGUGAUAAGCCGUACACCGAGGAAUUUAAGAAAUUAUUACAAAACACCAAAUCGUUUGUUGAUAACGAACAGAAGAAUUAUGAGCACGAUCCCGUCGCAAAGCAGCUUCUUCAAAAUAAAAAAGAGGUAAUCACAAUUCCUACUGAAAAAAUCAUUAAAGAGGAACUAAAAGAAUCUGAGUCUAUUCAAUCCAAAAAAGAGGUCACUCCUUCUACUAGGGAAACUGAAGAACGAAAAAUCAGUUUCUUCAAUUUAUUCGGUAAAAAAGAAAAACCCGAUUCCUCGAAAGGUGAUGUGGCAUACACCGAAGAAUUUAAGGAAUUAUUACAGAACACGGAAUCGUUCGUAAACAACGAACUGCAAAAUUAUGAGUGUGAUCCCAUUGAAAAACAACCUCUUCAAAGUAGAAAGGAGGUAAUUACAAUUCCCACUGAAAAAAUCAUUAAAGAAGUGGAUGUGAAGGAAUCAAAAGGAUCUGAGUCUACUCAUAUCAAAAAAGAGGAGGUUCCUCCUUCUACUAAGGAAAGUGAAGAACGAAAAAUCAGUUUCUUCAAUUUAUUCGGUAAAAAAGAAAAACCCGAUUCCUCGAAAGGUGAUGUGGCAUACACCGAAGAAUUUAAGGAAUUAUUACAGAACACGGAAUCGUUCGUAAACAACGAACUGCAAAAUUAUGAGUGUGAUCCCAUUGAAAAACAACCUCUUCAAAGUAGAAAGGAGGUAAUUACAAUUCCCACUGAAAAAAUCAUUAAAGAAGUGGAUGUGAAGGAAUCAAAAGGAUCUGAGUCUACUCAUAUCAAAAAAGAGGAGGUUCCUCCUUCUACUAAGGAAAGUGAAGAACGAAAAAUCAGUUUCUUCAAUUUAUUCGGUAAAAAAGAAAAACCCGAUUCCUCGAAAGGUGAUGUGGCAUACACCGAAGAAUUUAAGGAAUUAUUACAGAACACGGAAUCGUUCGUAAACAACGAACUGCAAAAUUAUGAGUGUGAUCCCAUUGAAAAACAACCUCUUCAAAGUAGAAAGGAGGUAAUUACAAUUCCCACUGAAAAAAUCAUUAAAGAAGUGGAUGUGAAGGAAUCAAAAGGAUCUGAGUCUACUCAUAUCAAAAAAGAGGAGGUUCCUCCUUCUACUAAGGAAAGUGAAGAACGAAAAAUCAGUUUCUUCAAUUUAUUCGGUAAAAAAGAAAAACCCGAUUCCUCGAAAGGUGAUGUGGCAUACACCGAAGAAUUUAAGGAAUUAUUACAGAACACGGAAUCGUUCGUAAACAACGAACUGCAAAAUUAUGAGUGUGAUCCCAUUGAAAAACAACCUCUUCAAAGUAGAAAGGAGGUAAUUACAAUUCCCACUGAAAAAAUCAUUAAAGAAGUGGAUGUGAAGGAAUCAAAAGGAUCUGAGUCUACUCAUAUCAAAAAAGAGGAGGUUCCUCCUUCUACUAAGGAAAGUGAAGAACGAAAAAUCAGUUUCUUUAAUUUAUUCGGUAAAAAAGAAAAACCCGAUUCCUCGAAAGGUGAUGUGGCAUACACCGAAGAAUUUAAGGAAUUAUUACAGAACACGAAAUCAUUCGUAAACAACGAAUUACAGAAUUACGAGAGUGAACCUACUGCAAAGCAACACCUACAAAGUACAAGGGAGGUGACUACUAUUCCCACUGAAAUAAUUAUAAAAGAAAAGGAUAUGAGAGAACCAAAAGUAGCUGAGUCUGUUCCAACCAAAAGAGAAGUUACCCCAUCUACUAAGGAAACUGAAGAAGGAAAGGUUAGUUUCUUCAAUCUAUUCAGUAAAAAAGAAAAACAUGAUUCAUUGCAAGCUAAUGAAGCAUACACCGAAGAAUUUAAAGAAUUAUUAGAGAACACGAAAUCGUUCGUAAACAACGAACUGCAAAAUUAUGAGUCCGAUCCUUUAAAAACACAACAACUUCAAUGUAGAAAGGAUGUGACUACAAUUCCCUCUGAAAAAAUGGUUAAUAAAGAGGACGUGAAGGGAGAUUUGACACAAUUAGAUACUACAAAAAUGACUGAGGAAGAUAAACAUGCAGUGACCAAACGUCAAGCAGAUAAAGAUAAAAGUCGCUCUACAGAACAACGUAGAAGUGGUUUCUUUGGAUUGUUUGGAAAGAAGGAUAAAAAAAGUUCAUCAAAAGUCGAACAGCAAUUGGAGAAAGAAACAAUUGUAACACAGGCGCCUGAAACGGAAACGAUGAAAGUGAAAAAGGAGGAAAUUGACGUACUCGAAAAGGAAAAGAAGAUCAAUGAACUUGAAAAAAGUCCAAGUUCAAUUUUAUCAGUACAACAAACCAAAGUUUCCGUUGAAGUUGUUCAACCACAAGACACGAAGAUGGAAUUACAAAAAGUUGAAAAACUUGAAAAUGUGCAACCGAUUGAAAAGGAAUUGUUCAAGGAAGAUGAUCAGUCUGUCGAGCAGAAGAAAGGUGGAUUCUUUGAUCUUUUUGGAAAGAAAGACAAAAAGGAAACACCUAAAUCUGACAGAAAAGAUUUUCAUACAGACGAUCUACCUUCUGAGAAGGAAUAUAAACAUUUAAUGGAGAAGACGUCUACAUUUUUGAAUACUGAAUUAACAAAUUAUGAAGUACCUCUUCCUGGAUUAGAAAAGACCAAAGAUAACAUUAAUAUUGAUCUACAAGAUAAAUGUAUUGACGAAAUAGUUGAAAGCGUUGAAGAAGAAAUUUACGAAGAAAAAGAAUAUCCCCCCGUUGAAAAGCAAAAGUUUGAGACAAGUUUAACAGAAAAACUAACAGAUGAUAAUGUAGAGGAAACUGACGAUAGCAAUUUAAUUAAAAAAGAAACACCUAUUAAAAAACAAACGAAACUUGCUGAAAAACAAGAAACUGAUAUAACACAGACUGAUCUUGAAAGUUUGUUAAAGGAAACUGCAACUUUUAUAAACACUGAAAUAGACUUCCGCAGCAACGAAAUCCCACCAAAAAUUGAAAAGUUAGUAUCCCCUGUAAAAGAAAAACCAGUUGAAACAAUAGAAAGCGAAAUUACUACCACAUCAGAAGAUGAUAGCAAAUCUCAAAGUUCACGAGAAAGUUCCCCAAAAAAAUCGGGAUUUUUGUCCCUAUUCACUAAAAAAGCUAAAAAAGAUAAAGCACAUAAAUCAAAAUCUAAAGAGUCAGAGAAAGGCGUAGUUGAUUCCGAGGCACCUGAUCGUCUUCCCGUAACUGAUACAAUGGUUCAGACGAUGAUCGAUGAAAAUAAACAAAAAUUAAAUAAAGAAAUAACACAAAAGAAAGACAUUAUUGUUGAGGAUGAUUCCCUACAAAAAUAUUCAAAUGAUAUAAUUACUGAUAAGAAAACUCUCGAAGCAGAACAAAUAGCAGCACGACAAGCCAUCGAUGACACGCACUCGUUUCUCACUAAGGAACAACUUGCUUUAAGAGAUACUGCAACAAGUAGUAUUUCGAAAUCUGCAGUAUGUAAAGAACCAUCAUCUGAACCUGAUAAUACCUUAGAGGCAUUAAUACCGGAAAGCAUUUACCUAAGUCAGGAGACUACUGUUGAUUUUAAUGCCGUAAAAAAAGUCGAUGAAGAUGAAAGCCUUUCAUAUUUAGAAACUUCUGUAGAACCAAUUCACUUCGCUGCCGAAAAUCUUAAAGAGUCUGUACAGAAAGAAAUUAAAGAAGAAAUUGAGCCUCAAGAGGAUGCUUUAAAAAGUCAACUCGUUCAAGAAUACAAAGAUUUGGAAAAAACAGUGGAACAACGAUCGAAAUCACCAAAAAAAGACAGCGAAGACAGAAAAAGUGGAAUUUUCAACUUCUUCGGAAAGAAAUCAAAAUCUAAAAGUGAUCACGAACAAACAGUAGAUGCCGAUUCAAAUUUAAAAGCUGUUUUAAGUGAAACUAACGAUUUCAUCACUUCAGAAUGUCUUCAUUAUGACAAACCUGAUAUUUUGAAGGAAACUGCAGAACACAAAGAUGUAGCGCCAAAGUCAGUAACAUUCUCAUUAGAUGAAACUGACAGACAAAACGAAACGGAAGCAACAAAAGUAACCAAUGGCGAAUGCACAAUAGACACAAGUAUCACACCAAAAGAUAGUGAAGUGAAUGAGAAAGAGAAAGGUACCGACGAAAAAAAGAGCAGAUUUCUAGGUGGUUUGUUUGGAAAGAAGGACAAAAAACAUAAAAAAGCCAAAGAACCUAAGGAAGAAACACCAGCAGAAGAUUUAUUAAAUGCAGAAUUGACUAGAAAAGAUUCUACAACUGUAGAUCAUUAUGAUUCUGAGCACAUUGUGGAAAAGGACGUAUUAUCAAAAGAAGUUAUCAUUCUCGACUCGAAAGAGUUUGAUAAAGAAGAUGAUGCUUUUCUUAAAACACUUGCUUCUACAAAAUCAUUCCUAGAAACGGAGAAUCAAAAUUAUGACGAUUCCCCAAAUGUUCAUAUACCACAAAAGCCGACACAAACUAGUGAAGAACACGAAGAAAAGAGUAAACAUGGAGGAAUUUUAAAAAUAAUAACCGACAAAAUAAGUAAGAUUUCUCCAACGAAAUCAAGCAAACCUGACACUAUUAAAAAAACAACUGAUGACUUAACUUUAUCGAAAGACCUCGAAAUAGAAGAAACGGAAAAGGAUGUUCUGUCUACAAAAAUAGACGACGUGGAGAGUUUAACUACAAAAUUCAAACAACUAAAAGAUAAAACUGAGGAAACCAAAGAGGAAAUUUCUGAUAUGGUGAAAACAUUUGAAAAUAUACGAAACGAAAGUACAUUUGAAAAGUAUGCGAACGAAGCAGAUGAUAAUCUUAAAGAAACGCUUGACGAUGCUCAAAAAGAAUACUCCAUAAAGACGAAACAAAUAGAUUCAACUGUAGAUAAAGCUGAAAAGUUAGUGGAAGCCACCGCAACUACGAUUACCGACAACAUGAGCGAUCAAAUAAACACAGUUCAUGAUUAUUCGAACGAAACGUUUGAAAAUUUGAAAAAGGAAUUCGAAAAAGUUAAAGCAUCUGCAACUGACGAAUUUCUUCAAGAAAAAGGAGAAAGCAUUAAAGAUGAAUAUUCCAAAAAUAUAAACGAAGUUAGUUCAAAAUUAUUAGAUACAGCACAAAACACUGUAAGUUCUAUGAAAGACAAUACAAUACAACAAGCCAAAGAGAUGGACGAAAGUCUUAAAGAUGCCCAAACUGCAUAUUUCAAUAGCGCAGCUGAACUUGAUUCCAUUAUAAAUGGCCAUCACAGUAUAUCUCAAAAUAUAAAACAAGUAUCUACAAAUAUAAAAGAGAAAGUGGAAGAUGAAGUGAAAAAUGCUUCCGAUUUUCUGCAUGUACAAGUAGAAGAUUCAAAGAAGAUACCCUCUGGUGUUGCCAUAGAAGAGCAACUGCACUUAGUUAAAGACGGGGUACAUACAUCUGCUACUAAUAUAGACGAUACGAUAGAAAAGCGAAAACAGGAUUUGAAAGAAACUUUAGACUCGAUUAAAACGACAGUAGAUGAUAAGAUAGAAGAUAUCAGUAAAGCAGAAAUUUUACAUAAAACUGAUGAUAAUUUAAAAGAAACAUUGUCAGACAUUGGAUUGAACAUUAGUCAUAAAGUCACUGAUAAAACGGAUGCCUUAGAAAAUGUAAUACAAACAUCUGCAGAUAAAAUAAGUACAAACAUUUCAGAAGAAAUGCAAAGUGUAGGGGAUACUUUAAAACAAACCAAGGAGAAUAUAAACGACAAAAUCAAAGAAAGUCAAAAGUCCAUUGUUCAAGAAAUAGAAAUACCAUUUCAUGAUACUAAACAAGAAGUAGAGAAACGCUUACAUAAAGUGCAGGAAAGUGGAACAAAUCUAAUAGAGCAAGAUAAAUGGAAAGAAGUACAAGAUUUGAAAGAACAAUUCGAACAAAAAUUAGAAGAGAUACCUCAAAUAGGAUCAACAACAGCAAUAGCAGACAAUGUUGAUAUUUUUGAAGAUGAAUUAAGGCAAGUUAAGGAUAAAGCAAAAGAUAUACAUGACACUACCCAAGACACACUAGUUCAUUUUCAGGAGGAAUUUAUUAAAGAUUUCAAACCUACACAAUUUAUAGAAAAGGAACAGCCUCAUAAAGUCCUGCCGCAAGUUUACGUUAGUCCUAAGAGUAGUAAAAGAUUGUCAAACAUCACGAAUAAAGAAACAGAACUGAGUGCUAUCAAGUCCGAAAUAGAAGACAGUGUAAGUUCGAUACAAAAGGGUCUUGCUGAACUAGAAGUAAAAUCGGAAGAUUUAACACCAAUUGGUAAGGAAGGAGAAGCCACAAAUGCAUCUCAAUCGACCCAAAAACGUAAACCAAUGUUUCGCUUGGAGUCGGAGGAUGAGGAUGUUGCUAGUGCCGCCGAGAUAAAGGGUUUCGAUUUUCCAAAAUACACAAUGGAAACAUUACAUGAAAAACAGUUGGAACUAAAAGAGAAAGAAACUAAAUCAAUCGACGAAAAGCUUGAAAAUAUCGACAAAGCUUUACAAUCAUUAGAAGAAAUUGAGCAAAUGCACACAGACAAAAUAACAGAACCAAAAUUACAUAGGGUCGAACGAAAAUUCGAAAGAAUGGCAUCUGAAAUAUUAGAAAAAGAAGCGGAAGAAGCAAAAAAGGGGGCCGUUACGAACGAAGAAUUAGAAAAUAAAAGGGAAAAGGAAUUUAAUAGAUUCGUUUCCCAAAUUAGUACCGAAGAAAUGUCGAUCUUUCAAAACGAAUACAGUUCAUUAUGCACCGAAGAAAUUGACACUUUAUUGGUAGACGCGGACGUAGGAUCGCCAGGUAGUCAGAAGGAUAAUAUCAAAGACGCCGUCCUCGGACAACUAACCCGUAAUGAAACUACUGAUCUAACCGCUUCACGAACUGAACCCACGCCUUCGGUUCUAUUACUAACCAAAACUAACGAAACACAAAUAACAACAGAAAAGCCUACCCCUCAAGAAGAAGAUUCUCGCGUGGAUAGUAUAACAUAUAGUGAAAAGAAAAAAUUCUGGGAGAGCAUAUCGUCACAGGAAUCUGAAGCAGAUACUAGCAAAAGUUCAAAGAAGCAAGAAGUUACUUUUAGUGAAAUUGUUCCUCCUCCGGUACCUAAACCUAGACAGAGUAAACAACAGCGCACAGACGUGGAAUCGACGACAAUAAAACGAACGGAUAGCUUUGACUCACAAUCAGAAGCUGCUCCUAACCAAGGAGGUUACGAUAACACCGGUUACAUUUCUGAUAGCGAAGACGUCGAACAUUACAUAUCUGAUUCCGAAAUCGAAGAUCGCGUUCCGCAGAUCAGAGAGAGACAAAUGAGCGUAUUCUAUCCGACAACGGGACUUGGAAGAAAAUCGAUCUACGAAAGAUCACUUUCAUUGCCAACACAGGACCUAUACGAUAUUAAAAACCAAUUGAAAUUAAAAAAGGAACAUAUCGAGGAGCAAAUAAAGAAAGGCAUGGUUGUCGAACAGCUAUCGACCGAAUUUGAAGAGGAACUACCUCCCGAGUACAAAUCGUUCGAAAUGGACAAUUCAAAAGAGGAACAAAAACUUUCGGAAACAAGAAGUGCUCCUGAAGCCACUACCGAUGACGAAAUCGAGCAGAUAAGUGAAGAAGUUUCAAAAAUGGCAACAUCUAAGGAUGUUCAGAAACAAUCUGAAACAGAAAAAUUAAAAGAUGAUACCUUAUAUGAACAACAAGAAAUUUUAUAUUCCAAAAACGUUGUAAUGACAACAGAUGAAUUUUUAAAAUCAGAAAAGAGCCUCUACGAUUAUUCAUUAACCACAACUCAAAUAAAAGACAGUAAACAAAUGGACAGCCUUUUUCACAAAGUAGAAGCAUUUACAGAAAAAUCAGAAUCAUCGCUGAUUAAAGAGACUGAUUUAUCGGCUGAAACGCACAAGUCUCAUCAAAUUACAUCACAACAAACGCACAAAAUAAAAGACGAAACAAUCAAAUUUGAUACGCACAAAGAUCGAGAUAUAGACUUACACGUUGAUAAAAGCGAAAUCGAAGAGCUCGAAAAAGAGUCAGAUAAUAAAAGAGCAGAAAAACCGAAAGCGAAAGAAAGAGUAGCAAUAUUAAAGUCUCCAAUCAAUUUACCCGAAGAAAAAAUGGAAAGUACCAUUUGGGAAACGCCGGUACAAGUUUCCAAAACAAUCGACGAGCAAGCUCCCGAAUUCAGUGUCGAAAAUAACAAACUCAGUUCGCUUGCACAAUCUUCUUUAGAUCAAGAGGCAUUUGAAGAAUUAGGUCCAACAAGAAAACUCCAAGUUGAAAAUAUUUUGAUACAAAGUCUAAGCGACGAUAGCAUUACCUUAGACGAAGCUAAAAAAAUGGCAGCGUCGUUGAUGGACGACAUUGAAAAAGAAAUACAGAAAUGUAAACCGCUCACGCCAAGCGCUACUGAAUCCAUUCCAGGUGGAAUUUUCACGUGUGACAAGGAACUUAAAACAUCUCUAUUGAAAUUGGCGGAAGAAAAAGGUUUAGAUAAGCGCGAAAUGCAACUAGUUGAGUCAGUAUUAGCAAGAAAACAAAGAGGACUAAAAAGCAAAGACGACGCAACUCAUGCUUCAAGCGUAGAAAUAACGGACGAAGAUUUAAAGUAUAGCGGUGUGGAAAUAGACUUUUCGCCAUCCAGCAGUCGUUCGUACAUUUUAGAACAACUUGAAGCCGAAAAACAGCAAAAGGUCUUCACUGAAACAAUGCCUGCUUUAGACACUUUAGAGACUAAGCAACAACACCUCGAUCACGAUUUGAUUACAGAAGAAAAAGAAACAAAAUAUGUUGACGAGAAAGAAGAAAAAAUAGUGCAAGAUGAGUCAACUGAAGUAGCAAAAGAAACAGAAAAGAAAGCUACAUCAGUAGAACAAAUAGAAGAUGAAACCAUACAUAAAACAAUUACGCAUAAAACUUCUGAAGACGACAAAGAUCAGACGGUUCAAACGCAUAGUUCGGGAUCGAAAUCAAGUAAAGAAGAUUCAUUUCAAUCUCCAGAGGGCAGCAGAACCGAUACCGAGCAAGGAGGAAAAAGUGGUUCAUUUAAAAAAGAUCAAACAAGUAGCAGCACAAGCAACCUAAAGAGUGCCGGAGAUAGACGUUCAGGAACAGACUUCGAGGGUUACUCUAGCUCGGGCGAAAGUCAUUAUCAAAGUUUCGAAAUAGACAGUAGCAAAAGUAGACCGUGCUCUUCAGAUUUCGAAGGGCUAAACGUAGUCGCUUCGUCGGAGUACGAAAGCGCAUUAACUUCUCAACAAACAUCGGGACUGUCCCACGGCAUGUCAGAUUAUCAUACUGCAAUAAGUUCCUUGACUUCAAAAGAAAGUAUGAAAAGCUUAGAUAGCGAGAGUUCUGGCAACUUGGCGAGUUUUGAAGCUUCCGAAGCAUCUGAAACUCUCGUUCCGUCAGCUCUUGAAAACGAAAACGACAUUUUGGAACCGGUAGAGGUAAUCGACGACUUUCACGAAAAAAUUGGAGAGGAAAUAAAAGCACAACAUUUUGACACCCCUUCGAAAAUGAAACGUUCUCACGAAAUGACUUUCCAACAGGAACCCGUAGACGACGAGUUAAUACGAAGAACAUCGACAGACGACUUAUCUACAUUACGAAAGUUUAGCGGAGAAGAAUCUCCAAGUUAUCUCGAGAAAGAAAUGCAAAGCGAGAUGAAGAGUACCACCGAGAGUUACACGUCGACAGCAUCUACUGUAAUAGAAGUGCCAAUGGAUUCGGUAACGUUAACCAGCUCGACAUUUACCGAAGGUAACACGUCAUAUGCCAGUACACAAAUAGUUUCAAAGGCCGUAGAUGAAGAUAAAGCACAACAGCAACAAAUCGAAACAAUUGAACCUAAAAAAAGGGGACACAGGCGAUCGGAAAGUUCAUUGCUUGGUCAAACAGGACAAAUUCCGUACAUGACGAAUAUCGAAAUGAAGCAGAAAUGUGAUGAUUUUAUAAGUGGAGAAUUACUUGAAUAUGAAACGGAUGAAAAAGAAUACGAUAAAAAGUAUACGCAACGUGAAGAAAUCAUUAAUCAGCAAACAAAAGUAGCAGCUCCAAUUUUAGAAGACGAGGCAGAACAUCCCAAAGAAGUCGAAGAGAGAUCGCAAAAAAGGCGAGAUUCCCAGGAUGAACAACCGUUACCUGGCAUUACAGUCACGCAGCAUAUGGCUCCUUUAAAAGACAAAGGAUUCCAUUAUCCUGACUUAGAACUUGAAGAGCAGCAAGCCGCACCGGACAAUUCAACACCUGAAACACCAGCUUCAGCCUCGAGCAAAACCUCCGAAGAAUCAGAUCAAGGUAAAGUAUAUGUCUUACAACAAGAUUCAACCAAAUCUACAACUGUUCCUCCUGCCGCUGCACAAAUUACAAAAACCGAAAAACCUCUAAUCGAAUCAAGACAAGAAACGCCAAUUACAGCACACAAAGUUGCAAAAAGUGGAAAGGACAAGGAAGCCGAACCUACGUCAGAAUCUCCCGAUAGCGAUUCUUUCGAAAUGUUAGAAAAGCCUGACUUAAUUGACGAUUUUGUCGUUAUAGAAGAAGUUGCCAAAGAGGCUAGUGAACAAGAUCAAGAAGGAAAAAGUGUACGAAUAGAGUACAGUAAAAAACCUACCAAAAAGCAUGACGAAGAAGUAGAAAACUAUUUAAUACAAUCGUCGUCGAAACAAGCACAAUUUUCAACUGGAAAAACACAAGAAACAAAAGACGAUCUCGCCUUCGAUUUCGAAAGCAGUCCACCUAUGCCAGAAUUAAAAAGCGCAAGCGAACCGGAUUCCAAAACGAAAGAAUAUUUUCAUUCUUAUGAACAAGAAUUAGAAGGAAAUCGAAAAUGGAUUGAACAACAAUUUCAAGGGGAUCAGGCAACUAUGGCGGCCGGUUAUGGUUACGAAAUGGAAUUCGAAAGAGCUCCCUUAGAAGAUAUCAAAGAGGAAGAGGUCGCCGAUUUUGAUUCUAGCAGAAUAGGAAGCUUAAGUUCUCACAAAGACGGAAGCGCUGGAAGUAUAAAAGAUUCCUAUUCAAGCACUCCAGAGUAUGACGUGUUAGCAGGUCGAAAAUAUUUCACACGUUCAGGUGAACACGAUGACGUUUCUAUGUCGAGCCUUCAAGAAUUUGAAAACUUAGAACGUGCAAUGUCACUAGAAAACAAAAAACCCCACCAAGGAUCUCAAGAUUCUUCAAGUACAAGUGGAAGUAGUUACGGAAAACGAUAUAGCGUUGGUAAAAAUGGUCAGGUUGACGACAUUUCUACUAAUUCACUCAAAGAAUUCGAAGGACUAGAAAAAGCUUGUAUUGCCGUUCAUAAAAUAGAAGAAAAAGUCAAGCAAGAAGAGGCGCUACUCACUCAAAUUGAAGAAGGUCACGAAAGUGUCGCAUCAGAAUCGGAAAGUUGUGAAACAUUAUCGGGCACAGGCAAAAAAGCACAUUCAUCAGACUCUGAUAACAAAAUGCUCGAAAUAGACGCAAUUAUUAAACAAGCCCAAUGCAGCAUGGAUAAGUUCAUCGAUUUCAAAGACGACGAAAAGCCAGAAUCAAUAGGUCGAGGAGAUUCUUUAGAAGAAGUUUCGAAAAUUCCUGAUUUAGAUCUUGACACACCAAUGCAAAAAGCCACAAAAGUUCAGUGGGUGGAAACAAAUGAUGAUCCGAUGGUAAAUUCGACAGACUCUUUAGAUUUAAAUUUAGACAAAUCACCUCAUCAUGACAGCACGGAUAGUUUAGAUCAAAAAACAACAGCAAGAGAUCCGAUGACCGCGAGCACAGACUCCAUCGAAUAUCAAAGUAAGCAAAAAACCGAUAAAGACGUUAUGCGCAGCGACAGCUUCGACAAUAAAGACGAAAGGGAUGGAAGCUAUGUAAUGACCUUAAGUGAUUCGUUAGAAUUGGGUACUACCGAUGUAAACCAAGGGGUCCUGAGUGAUUCAAUAGACGAAGAAGGCUCCCGUAUUGGAAUUCCAGAGCACAGUACUUCUAGUAGCGGAAAAGACUUUAGUUCGUCAGUUAGAGAAGAAAUUGUGGAUAAAACAAAACAACAAAUUUUAGAAUUUCUCCCAGAAGAUACCGAAAAUUUAUUAGAAAUAUCGACGUCAACUGCAACACAUGCUACGUACCAUAACGAAACAGAUUCAAUAUUUUCAGGAAGUUUUACUAGUGGCUCCAACACUAUGGUGUCUUCUACAGAAGCGAUUGAUCCCAAUACCGAAACCAUCAAUUUAUCUGCAGCAAUCGAUAAGUUAUGGUAUGACGAUCCUAGUAAUAUCGAACCCUACGUAUCCGAAAAAUAUCAAGUUUUACCCGAAGAUGAUCAAUACUCACAUAUUAUUCACAAAAAAAUUGAAAUGCCAACCACCGUACAAAAGGUUACGUUUACCGGACCGAAUGCGGAAGAAGAACUAAGAAAGUAUUUGGAAACCGUCGGUCCAAGUCAAGAACAGGUUCAGGAAACAACCGAAAUUGAUGAAUUUGGAAACGUCCACAGAAAAAGGAUAGUCACAAAACAAGUCGUUGUCGGUGCUGAAACAAAAAUAGCGGAACCUCUGAAAAGUGAUGAGCAAUACGGUCAAGUUAUUAGACGGAAAAUUGAACUACCCCCCACAAUUACUAAAGUUUCGUUUACUGGAGAAGACGCUGAUGAACAGCUCAGAAAAUACUUAGAAACUGUCGAACCAAAAGAAGAGACAGAAGAAACGGAAGUUGACGAAUUCGGAAAUAUUCACACUAAAAAGACGAUUAGAAAAAGAAUCGUACUUCAGCAACAAGAUCCCCAAGGUGACGAUAGUUUACAAUAUAAUAUACUGAAAAGUGGCCAAAGGCAAACAGAUAUAUAUUCGGUUGACAUUUCGAAUUUGGCAAAAGGUCAAGAACUAACGUCCGAUGUUCAAAAGUUACUAACAUCGAUAGCCGAAAGUAGCGCAGGAGAAUCGUCAGAUCAUCCGCAGAGUGCCGCCACUGUCAAAGAAUCCGACACUGCUGUUAAAGGAGAAGAAAGUAAACAAACUAAAGAGGGUAAAAAAGACAAACAAGUAAAAGACCAACAUAAACUUUCCGAAGAAAUGGAGGAACUUCUUGAAGCGAUGAAGGAAGUAGGCAAAAAAUAAAAAGAAAAAAAUAAUCUCACUAAGUUUAUUUCCGUCAAAUUCUAUUAAAUUAAUAUGUUAUUUAAGUUCGAAACUAUUUAAGGAUAUUUAGCUUUGAAUGAACUAUACAUGUAAAUGUUAUUCUCAGUUAAUCAAAGGUAUAGGUCUUUAACAUUACUCAAAUUGUGAAUUCUAAAUUUAUACAAAUGCUAUCUUAUAUAUACCGGAUAAAUUAUUAUUUAUUUAUACAUUAAGUAUGUCGCUGUAUCUGUUUUAUGGAUAAUUCGAAUAUAUGAAAAAAGAUAUUGUAUAUAUACUGAAGUGAACACAUAAUAAUGUAAGUAGGUAUUUAAAAUGUUAAAGAUAAUUUGAAUUGUCCAUGAAACAGCUCAAUGUGCAAUUAUCAUUACUAUUAUAUAUAUGCGGUAAAUAACUAUUCUAGUGUAAUCUUACUGUCAAAGAAAAUGCCUAUUUGUUAUGUAGAUUUGUAAAUGCAUUCGUAUUUAUCUUUAAGUAAAAUGCAACUCUGUUUCACUACUAAAUAAGAUUUUACUUUCAGCUUUCCUUUAUAAGCCAUAAUGUAACACGAAAAAUUUUAGUUGAACAGAAAUCGGAGUUUGUGGUUUUUCCAUUUCUGUUCGGCAUUUAAAUUUUUACAUUGUCCACAAUAGCCACUCUGUAUUUGUAGCAUUAUACAAAUAGCAAAUAAAAUAUAAUAGAGCUUUAUACGAUUAAGUACAUAAUUCCUACAACACUUAAUUAAUACAUGUUUAUAUUGGUACAUUGGCAAAUAAAAAAUACAUAAUACCUA